AUGUCGAUCACGCAGACUCACCACUUUGCCCCGCCCCGCCCUCCCUCGCCGACCUUGUUCCUGCGCACGCCGCACUCGUUGCCGACGUCGCCCUCGACCUCGACCUCCCUCGCUCGCAAAUCCGACGCCGACCCGGACUCGCUCGUCGACCACCUCGUCGCUGCGCUCCUCCCCGACCGACCGCACCUCCUUCUUGCCCGACGCCGCACGCACUCUUGCUCGUACUCGCCUGCGCCGACGCCGACGCCGCCUAAAACCGCCUCUCUCGACCACCGACGACGACCCGCCGCACGCUCGCCCUCGCCCUCGCCCGCUCCCCCGACCGGCACGACGACGCCAACGACAGCCACCGACGGUCCCUCGCUCGUGAGCGACACCACCCCCGCGCCCUCUGCGCCCUCGACGCCCUUCCUCGCCACCUCCACCUCCUCCUCGUCGCGCCCCACCCCUUCCUCCUCCGCCAACGCGGCGACCUCGCCCGCCGCCGCAGCACCGUCCUCGGCCUUUGCCGCCGCCUCGACGAGCGGCACGGUCCACCCGCUCACGCUGCACGCCAUCGCGCGACGCGGCUCGGAGCGCGACGCCGUCAGGGUCGUCGAGGAGCGGCGCGAGACGGAGCGCAGGCGCGACGAGGGCGCGGGGGCGCGGGUGGGAGUGGCGGUGGGCGAGGGGAGCGGGAGCGGGAGCAGGGCGUGGACGGCGCGCGUCAUGGAGGAGGCGGCGGGAGGAGGAGCGUGGAGCGAGAGCCCGCCGCAGCUGAGCGACCGCGAGGACGGGCCGGCCUCGAGCCACCGCGCCGGCGCCGGCGCCGGUCUCGGCCGCCCGCCACCCACCUCGACCACCACGCGCCCCGGCGGCGCCGCGCAGCAGCAGCAGCAGCCGCCGCCGCUCCACGCGCGCGGCAUCUCGAGCGCGUCGUCGGCGCUCAGCUCUGACACGGCCGCCUCGGGCUCGGGCCGGCGCAAGAAGGCCGGCGGCGGCGGUGGGGCGUUCAGGAGGCUGUUCUCGUCGCGCGGCGGCGCGAGGGGCGGCGCGAGCGAGGUUGAGCCGGUGCGUGAGCAGGAGCGGGCGCAGGAGCGGGAGCGGGAGCAGGGUGCGCUGUCCAGGGCGAGCCCGCGCGACGAGGAGCACGGCGGGCGCACGCCGCAGAGCGGCGGGGGCGCGAGCGGCGGGGCGAGCUUGCACAGCGGGAACGCGGGCGGGCCCGCUCGGCUUGAACUCGGCGGCGGCGGCGGCGAGGGCGUCAGGGAGACGGUCGUCGACAAGGGCGUCAAGAUCUCGAGGCCAAAGGUCAAGGCCAAGGGCAAGUCGCACAAGGAUUUUUCACACCUGUUCCUCGCGCAAGAGCUCGUCAUCUCGUCGCCGGGCUCGCCCUCGCCCUCGUCCCCCUCGUCCGACCCGCCCGUCGACCCGUCGUCGCCCCAGCCCGAGGACAACGCGUCGCAGAAAUCGCACGCCAAGAGCAACUCGGGCGCCGCAGGUGCGGCGGCGGACGAGGGCGCGGGCGCCAAGAAGCGCAGGGCGGUUUGGGCGAUCAAGUUCAGCGAGGACGGCAAGUACCUCGCUGUCGGCGGCAAGGACGGCGUCGUACGAGUCUGGGAGGUCCUCUCGACGCCCGAGGCCCGCGAGGCCGUCCUCGACCCUUCCUCGGUUCCCGACCGCGCCUUCUCGCCCUCGCCCGACUCGCCCUCGCCCUCAAGCGCACGCCCAGGUCCAACGCCCUCGAACGGCAAGUGCAAGAAGGCCAAGGAGGCGCCGUUCGCCAUGCCCGUCUUUGCGAGCAGGCCCGUGCACGAGUUCAAGGGUCACGAGGCCGACGUCCUCGACCUCAGCUGGAGCAAGAACAACUUUCUCCUGUCGUCCUCGAUGGACAAGACGGUGCGCCUGUGGCACGUGUCGCGCGACGAGUGCCUGUGCGCGUUCCAGCACCUCGACUUUGUGACGAGCAUCGCGUUCCACCCCAAGGACGACCGCUUCUUCCUGUCGGGCUCGCUCGACUGCAAGUUGCGCCUGUGGAACAUCCCCGAGAAGCGCGUGCACAUCUGGACCGAGCUCCCCGAGCUCAUCACGGCCGUCUCGUUCACUCGCGACGGCAAGCUCGCCAUCGCCGGGUCCUUCGUCGGCGCCGUCAUGUUCUUCUUCGUCGAGACGUUCCAGUACCACUCGCAGGUGGCGGCCAAGACGUCGCGCAGCAAGAGCUCCAAGGGCAAGAAGGUGACGUCGCUCGCGCCGUUCCCGCUCCCGUCGAGCACGGGCGAGCGCCUCCUCGUCACGACCAACGACUCGCGCCUGCGCCUGUACCACACGGCCGACAAGAUUGUCGAGACGACGUACGCCGGGCACGAGAACGCGAGCUCGCAGAUCCGGGCGAGCUUCAGCGACGACGGGAGGUGGAUCGUCUCGGGCUCCGAGGACCGCAACGUCUACAUCUGGGACUCUGGGCUCGACCCUCGGCCCGACGGCGGGUACCACCUGCGCAAGCGCGGCAAGGAGAGCCCGCACGAGCACUUUCCGAUGCCCGCUCACAUCGUCACGGCCGCCGUCUUUGCGCCGACCUCGACCCGCACGCACCUCACCGCCGCGCGCGACCCCGUCUUUGCCGACGGCCACACGCACAUGGCGCCCCUGUCGCGCACCAUGAGCGGCGCGAGUCUCGGCCUCGUCGGCACCACGACGAGGAACACGACGUUCAGCGACGGCGGGCUCGGCGGCGCCGACGUGCUCGUGCCCGUCACGAGCCGGGACGGCAUGACGGCGCCGGCCGGAGGAGCGCUCGACGCCAUCCUCGUCGUCGCAGACGACGAGACGGGCGUCAUCUCGAUCUUCCGCAACUCGGAGCUCAUGCGCAAGCGGUCGUCGAUGUGGGGCCGCACCAAGACCGUCCCUGCGCGUUGAAGCUCUCUCCCCCCCGCCUCUGUAUACCCGCCCCUCGGUCGCUGUCCAUACCCUUAGUCGCCCUCGACCCUCCCCUGCGUCGUCGACCUCGGCGGCGGUCCUCACUUGUCCCUCGUCUAGCUUUGCCUUGUCCCUCUCCUCCCCGUGUAUCGACGAGUGUGCGCUCUGCAACGACGAUGCUUGCGCUUUGAGAG